GGGAAGCUUCAAGCGUGGAGUGAAAGGAUCGAGGUUUGGGUGAAUCUCAUGACGGCCAAUGGACGGUAGGGACAGGGAAGUCAUGCGGUCGAGUGCAUGCGGGCGUGUUGCACGAGGGUUGCAUAAGACGUGGAGGAGGGCAUAAUGAGGGACGGGAAAAGGGCAACACGACAGGUGAAGAGAUGAGCAGGUGGUGGGAGAUGAGCCGUACUUCAGACGAUCAUCCAGAAGGGACAUUAGCCCAAAGCGCGGCUAGCAUGAUAACGCAAGAGUGUUGCGGUGUGGGUGGGCAGAUGAGAGAGAGAGCGGACCCCCCACAUGGCCGCGUUCCUGAACGGCUCCUCCACGAUAGGCAAGCCCGCCGUAGCUGUGUCGCACUUUUUCGGGCCAAGCCGUCGUUGGCGGGCGGCCUCGUCGACGCGUGGCUGGCCGCGCGCGGGAACACGGCGCGCCCAGCAAGCCGCGCCACCGCUCGGGGCCAGGCACACUCCCAACGGCAUUGGCACUCUUCUUCUUUUUUUUUCUGUUCCUCUCUGGGGGCCGUAUGUGUGGCGUCGUCGAAGGGGUCCCGCCGUCGUUACAGCACAAUUCCUCUCAUCAAUCGCACUCGCAUUGCCGGCCGAUCCUCCUCCGCCCCCGGCCCCACGUCUUUUUCACCUUCUUCAUCGUUCGCCCUGUCUGUCAUCAAUAGUGUCAUCCACGAUUCAGGGGCCUCCGCGUCCUCUCGUGUAGAUCAGCCCUUCUUGUCAAGCCCUCCGGCCGACCAUCAUCAUCUUGAUACUUGGUUCAUCCCAUAAAAAGACACUCUUCCCCUGCUCGCUAAAUCCGCAUGCCUGCCCCCAAGCCCCGGCCCACGAACUCCUCCGGUGGCUUACAUUCUGUCUGCGACUGUGCAUGUUUCUGCCGGCUAGGUCGUCGGCUGUUUCUUGCGCUGGCAUAAUAACUUACAGACAUAUAUCACAGUAGUCACAGCAGCAGCUAGAUCGGAAAUGCCCCUCUUGGCAGCAGAGCCCGGCGCUGGCCUUGUUUUCGCUGCUGCAACUUGGCGCGCAUGCUACGCUAGGUAUCUACUCCUAUUCCCCACAUACCGUGACACUGCGCGGUG